UCACUUGGGUAAACGACUCCGUAUCAAAAAUCUAUCACUCGAUCAAGAAGUCUUCUAAUUGCUGAAAUCAAUCUAAAAAACCCCAGAACAACAUCUCAGUCUUCUUCUUCCUGAGAAAACUACAAAUUUUGCAGAAAAGAGGAGAGAGAAAGCAGAAUCAUGGCGGAAGAUCUAGUAUUGGACACAGCAAUUAGAGACUGGGUUUUAAUACCCUUAUCAGUUGUGAUGGUUCUCAUUGGUGUUCUUCGUUACUUCGUCUCUAAGCUUAUGCGCACCUUCCAAAUCCCUGAUGGCAAGAUCGUCAAAGAAGGGCAAGUGAUAAUUAGGGCAAGGAAUUUGAGGUCAUCUGCUGAUUUUAUCCCUCUUAAAUCGUUUCGUGCACGUCGUACCUAUUACAGCAAUGAGGAGAAUGGACUUCUACAUGUACCCAAAGGUCAAGCUCCACAAGCUCAAGCCCAAAUGUUCUCUGACCCAAACAUGGCCAUGGAUAUGAUGAAGAAAAAUUUAUCUAUGAUCAUUCCUCAAACUCUCACUUUUGCUUUCGUGAACUUUUUCUUCUCUGGAUUUGUGGCAGCCAAAAUCCCAUUCCCUCUGACCCAGAGGUUCAGGUCAAUGCUCCAGAAUGGUAUAGACUUGAGCACUGUUGAUGUGAGCUAUGUCAGCAGCCGAUCAUGGUAUUUCCUCAACUUGUUUGGACUACGUGGUUUUUUCAGCUUGAUUCUAGGAGAGGAAAAUGCUAUGGAUGAUACGCAACGCAUGAUGCAAAUGGGUGGAUUUGGCUUUGACCCAUCAAAGAGCUUGGGUGCUGAGAAAGACGGCCUUGACAUCGUUCAGCAUGAUUGGGUCCUUCCCAAAUUUGAGCAGCGAGCUGAGGCAGUCUUGAGGAAACUUGUCAAGUAAUGAAAUGCUCGAGCUUCUUUAGGUGCUCUAUAGAAUUCAGAGAGUUCAGACUGGCAUUCAAACUCUAUCCAUUGAGCCAGUAUAUCGUAUAACGUCAAACUUUUACAUCUGAUUCAGGUGCUCCUGAUUUUCUGAUUUUGGAAGAGUGCAGGAAAUUUGCGCUUUUAUCUACCAGAUUUUGUAAUUAUAUUUGAUGCACGAUGCUUUAAGUUUUCUAAUAUCGGAUGUCAUCUUGUAUAAGUAAUUCCUAGGCAUUUCCAGAUUUACUGCAACAGGCAAAUGUAACUCAGCUUGAUUAUGUCCGAUUCAUAGUUCAAUUAGAAGCAAAAUAUUAAUCUGUUUUGAGCUAUUGUUUUCUCAUAUUACAUUAGGAGUACUAUUGGGAGGCUUUUGAGAGUUUAUACCAGAAUUGUAGUACAAGAUUUUCCUUCAUCUAUUCAUAACUUGGCAUUGGUAUUUCA